AUGAUCACGAAGCCAGGCUGGAACGAUAGGCUCCAACAGCUGAUUGCCUACUAUGAAGAGUAUGGCGAUUGCUUAGUUCCGAUCGACUAUGAAGAAGAGAAAGGACUUGGAAAGUGGGUUGAAACUCAACGUCGUGAGCGCCGAAAACAAGUGCAAGGCAAACCAUCAAUCCUCAACACCACCCGUAUCGCCGAAUUGGAAAGUCUGAACUUCAAUUGGGAUCUGGAAGAGAUGGAGAGAGAUGAAGAAUCUAGUUGGGGGAGUGCAUUGUCGGAAGAUGAACUUCCACGGGAAGGCUUGCUUGGAGGGGAAGACUAUGAGGUUCUCUGGAAUACCAAAUUUGGCGAACUGAAGAAGCUCAUGAAGGCAGAUCAUCCUUCAGGUGGCUUUGUGCUCACAAAUGAUUGCAGCCCUUCACUAGGGGGCUGGAUCUUGCAACAGCGCCACCAAUACAGAAUGAGACAAUCUGGAUUGGAAAGUCGUCUCACCGAAGAGAAAAUUCAGAAACUUGAAGGAAUCGGCUUUGAAUUUGAAAACAAUCAUCUGUCAGACGGCGAAGGGGAUGAAUCAGACGGUGAAGGGGAAGAAACAAGUGAUGAUGAAUACGAAUCACAAUCAAUGGAGGUUGAAGAAGAGUCUGAUUUGGACAAGGAGGAAGAAAGUAAUCCAAUAUGGGAAAACAGAUUCAGCAUGCUGGAGAGUCACAUGAAAAAGUAUUAUCCGAAAUCUCGUUUUCCCAAUGGUGCCUAUGUCGCCCCAAGUAAGUGUAGAAGGCUACUAUCCAGCUGGGUUAUGAACCAGAGGUAUCACUAUCGCUUGAAACAGACAGGAAGGGAGCGCACCAAGAAGCAACGACUUUCCAACGCCCAGAUUCAAAAGCUUGAGAGCAUCGGCUUUUUGUGGGAGGAAGAAUCUGAAUCCGAAGAAGGGGAAGAAGGAACGGCAGCGUGGGAAAACAAGUUCAACAUGCUAGAGAAGCAUAUGAAAAGGCAUUAUCCAGAAUCUCGCUUUCCAAAUGGCGCCUAUGUCGCUCCAAGCUCAUGCAAAAAGCAACUAGCCGGGUGGGUUUCGAAUCAAAGGUAUUUCUAUCGUUUGAAACAGAGGGGAGUGAAGGUAACCAAGAAACAGCAACUUUCCGACGCCCAGAUUCGUAAGCUCGAGAGUAUUGGCUUUCUUUGGGAGGUUGAAGAAGAUUCUGACUCGGACAAACUGAAACCAUUGUGGGAAUACAAAUUCAACAUGCUGGAGAAGCACAUGAAGAGGCAUUAUCCAGAGUCUCGCUUUCCAAAUGGUGCUUACGUCGCCGCAAGCAAGUGUAAAAAGUCUCUAGGCUGCUGGGUACAAAGUCAGAGGUAUCGCUAUCGUUUGAGACAGACGGGGAGGAAGCUUAACAAGAACCAGACACUUUCCGAUGUCCAGAUUAGAAAGCUCGAGAGCAUCGGCUUUUUAUGGGAGGAUAACGACGAGGUUGACGAAGAUUCUGAAUUGGACGACGAGGAAAAGCUCAACCCAGCUUGGGAAAGCAAGUUCAAAAUGCUGGAGAAGCACAUGAAAAAGCAGUAUCCGGAGUCUCGCUUUCCAAAUGGUGCUUAUGUCGCUCCAAGCACGUGCAGCAACAAGCCACUAGCUCGCUGGGUACUGACUCAGAGGUAUCACUAUCGUUUGAAACAGGCGGGAAGGAAUCUGGGCAAGAAACAGAUACUUUCUGAUGCCCAGAUUCGAAGUCUCGAAAGUAUCGGCUUUUUAUGGGAGGAUCAUGAUGCGUGGAAGCCGAACGCUGAGUUUGGAUCUGAAGCAGAGUCUAGCUCUGCGGCUGAAGAAUCGAAUGACGAGGUCGAAUCUGAAUCCGAAGGAGACUCUAGCUCCGAGGCCGAAGAUUCGAAAGACGAGUCCAGCUCCGAGUCUGAAUCAUCGGAAGAUGAUGAUGAAGAGGAUGAUGCUGAGUCCGAAAAGGCGGGAAGGAGCACUUCCCGAUGGGAUGUCAAAUUCAACAUGCUAAAGGAACACAUGGAAAAGAAUUAUCCGAAAUCUCAAUAUCCAAAUGGUGCCUAUAUCGCUCAAAGCAAGUGCAACAAGCAACUAUCCUGUUGGGUUAGAAGCCAGAGGUAUUACUAUCGUUUGAGGCAAAAUACAGGAAAGUUGGAUAUCAAAUCGCUUCGCGACGACCGGGUUCGAAAGCUCGAGAGUAUUGGCUUUUUGUGGGAGGAUAACGAUGAUUGGAGGCCCGAGCCAGAGUCUGAAGGCUGGAAUCCUCCAGAGUCUGAGUCGGAAUCAGAACCAGAAACUGAAGUGAGACCCAAGCCAGACCUGAACCAGGAUAAAUGGGACUUUAAUUUUGAUAGGCUGCAGAAGGUGAUGAGUCGCCACUAUCCGAAUGGUGGUUACGUUGUGAAAAAAGCUUGUGGCGGGAGGAGGCUUUUCACUUGGUGUGGCAGGCAGAGAUAUCAAUAUCGUCGGAAACAAGCUGGAUACGAAACCCCAAUGACCGAUGAUCGUGUUGCAAAGUUGGAGAGCAUCGGAUUCUUUUGGGAAGAAGGUCAGCAACCCAACCGUACCAACAGAAACAUGAUGAACCCUCAAAGAGAACAAAAGGAUCAUGUGUCAUCCCCUCAAGUCCAAAAGAAAGCAAACGGCGACCGCUAUUGGGAGGUAUGGUACGGUCAAUACAAACGUCUUGUUCAACAUAUGCGGAGGAACUAUCCAGCUUCGAAAUAUCCCAAUGGAGCCUAUGUGACCGCCGCUAAAUGUGAAAAACGAUUGGGCACUUGGGUAUUACAUCAGCGCUCGCAACAUCGUUCGAAAAUUGCUGGCCAAGUAUGCCAACUUACGGAUGCACGCAUUGAACAUUUGGAACGUAUUGGCUUCCUCUGGGAGAAGGAGGAGACCGAUGGAACGCCGAGAUCACAGCCAAACAGCCGUCGUGUUGCUCAAGAGCCGGAAAUCUCUGACAGUGACGGAGAGGAGGUGUCGGAAGAUGAAAGUAGUUCGGAAAGUCCCGAGGAGGAGUCGGAGGAGGAUCGGCCUGAACCAUCGCGCCGCAAGUCGGGACAGCAACGAAAACUGGCACACAGGAGCAUGGGUGACACGGGGAAUAAGGGUGGUACUCCGCUUCCUGGUAGAUCGGGACAGCAACGAAAACUGGCACACAGGAGCAUGGGUGACACGGGGAAUAAGGGUGGUACUCCGCUUCCUGGUAGAGUCAGUGAUUUGCUAGGACUAACCAAAAAGGAAAUAAUCGAUCGUUUGAAGCUUGCAGAGGAAGAUAAGUCAACUCUGGAGUCUCAAUUGAAGAAAGCACGCAGCGAUGUCCAGGCCACAAGAUUUGAAAAUAAGCUGUUGACUGAUGUGACUCGAGACUUGAAAAGGGGAAUUGAUACAGUUCGAGAAUCUCAUACGACGGCCAUGAUGGAAGAACGGGCUCAGAGUGUACAGGAAUCGAAACGGCGCAAAUUGGCCGAAGACCGACUCGAAAAAGCAAGACAGCUGAUUCCACCUGAGCUCUAUGAUGAGUCCAUUUUCUCAUAA